AACGAUCAUGGAGUUGUGAUUGAGCGGUUCCUUGGGGUUAAGCAUGUUGUUGAGACCACAUCUCUUUCUUUAAAAAGUGGCAUUGAUGAUUUUUUUUCAAAACAUGAAUUAUCAAUGUCUAGAGUUCGAGGACAAGGGUAUGAUGGAGCUUCUAAUAUGCGAGAUGAAUUUCGCCAAAAACAACACGAAAACAUGGUAGCCAUGUUAGAAAAAGGUGAAAUUACGACCGGGAGAGGAUUGAAUCAAGAAAGUACUUUAGCACGACCGGGAGCUACUCGAUGGGGUUCACAUUUUACAACCAUUAUUCGUAUUCUAUCUUUGUGGUCUCCAACAAUCCAAGUGCUUGACAAUAUAUUUGAUGAUGGAAUUGAUUCGAAAUCAAGGGGCAAAGCUAGUAGUUUGGUUGAAAAAAUGGAGAGCUAUCAAUUUGUUUUUAUAGCCCACUUGAUGAAGAAGGUAUUGGGAUUGACGAAUAUGUUGUUACAUUUCUUGCAACAAAAAGAUCAGAACAUUCUUGAG